GUGGGGCGACUGCGCUACGGCUCGACCGGGGCGGUGAUGGCGGCUCCAUAUUAACACCUCCUCCUCCUCCUCCGCGCUCCCGCCCGCGCCCGCCAGCCGUCUCCCCCUUCCCUGACGCCACCUCUCCCCCUCCUCUACCAUGCCCGGCAUGAUGGAGAAAGGGCCCGAGUUACUGGGGAAGAGCCGAUCGGCCAACGGCGGCGCCAAGAGCCCGGCGGGAGGCGGCGGCUCCUCGGCCAACGGCGGGCUGCACUUCUCGGAGCCCGAGAGCGGCUGCAGCAGCGACGACGAGCACGGGGAUGUUGGGAUGAGAGUCGGAGCUGAAUACCAAGCUCGGAUCCCUGAAUUCGAUCCAGGUGCUACCAAGUACACAGAUAAAGACAAUGGAGGCAUGCUUGUGUGGUCUCCUUAUCACAGUAUCCCAGAUGCCAAAUUGGAUGAAUAUAUCGCCAUUGCAAAAGAGAAACAUGGCUACAAUGUUGAACAGGCGCUUGGCAUGUUGUUCUGGCAUAAACACAACAUUGAGAAGUCCCUUGCGGACCUCCCUAACUUCACGCCCUUUCCGGAUGAGUGGACAGUGGAAGACAAAGUCCUGUUUGAACAAGCCUUUAGUUUUCAUGGGAAGAGCUUUCACAGGAUUCAGCAAAUGCUUCCAGAUAAGACAAUUGCAAGUCUUGUAAAGUAUUACUAUUCUUGGAAAAAAACUCGCUCAAGGACAAGUUUGAUGGAUCGCCAGGCUCGUAAACUAGCCAAUAGACACAAUCAGGGUGACAGUGAUGAUGACGUAGAAGAAGCUCACCCCAUGGAUGGAAACGACAGUGACUACGACCCAAAGAAAGAAGCCAAAAGAGAGGGUAACGCUGACCAGCCGGUCCAAACCAGCAAGAUCGGCCUGGGCCGGAGAGAGUACCAGAGUCUGCAGCACCGCCACCACUCUCAGCGCUCCAAGUGCCGCCCUCCUAAGGGCAUGUAUCUAACCCAGGAGGACGUGGUGGCUGUCUCCUGCAGCCCCAACGCAGCCAACACCAUCCUGAGGCAACUGGACAUGGAGCUGAUCUCUCUCAAGCGCCAGGUUCAGAAUGCUAAGCAAGUAAACAGUGCACUUAAGCAGAAAAUGGAAGGUGGAAUUGAAGAGUUCAAACCGCCUGAGGUAUGAUCUGAGAUGCAUGUGAUCGAGUGCCUGUGCUUUGGGGUUGCCCAGUCUCGGGGUCUACGCUGGUCCCUUUGGAACAUUUCACAAUGUGGACAAUUGAUCAUCCCUAGUUUUUUCACCUACAUAAUUAUCUUUUGACUCUUGACUGAUGUUUCCAUAUUUAAAUUAAUUCACCUCCCUUGCCCUCAGCAGUAAGAGAGGGCAUAGGGCAUAGUCCCUGGGAGGCUGCAACACAUCUGGGCAUAAGCAGUAUUUGUUCAAAGCCCUUUUCUACUUGUGUGAAUUGGUAACACUACAGAAUAAAUCACAAGGGGUUUUUCUUAAACAAAACUUUAUUUUAAGACUCUUGCUUUUUAGCUCAAACUUCAAUGAGGAUUUUACUGUAUUUAUUUUCUUACAUUCUACCUGAAAAUGUAAAAUCUCAUAUAUAAAGAUAUAUAUUACCUAUCUUAUUACCAAAUUCUUAUUUGGGUUUUGUUUCUGUGUUCAUGGUAAGUAUAGGAAAACUUAAAUGCCCCCAAAAUCCAAUCAAGUCUUUUUACAAAAGUUUCUGCAGUAAAAUCUUUGAUUUUUUUUUUCUAAAGACUCCCAAGUUACAAUUCAUAUUCUGGAUUUGCCUUUCUCUGAAUAUAGUGAUCAAAUAGUUGCAUAUGUUCCUGUGGGGCCUCUCUGUGCUUCCUGUAUCUGACUUAACAGCUGCAGAUGAGAUAAGGGAGAUGGCAAAGUAGCAGGGUAGUGCGCAGAAACAGUGCUCCCCACAGCAGGGCCACAGAAACAGUGCUCCCCACAGCAGGGCCACAGAAACAGUGCUCCCCACAGCAUGGCCACAGAAACAGUGCUCCCCACAGCAGGGCCACAGAAACAGUGCUCCCCACAGCAGGGCCACAGAAACAGUGCUCUCCACAGCAGGGCCACAGAAACAGUGCUCCCCACAGCAAGGCCACAGAAAUAGUGCUUCCCCACAUCAAGGUUAGGUCAUGGGAAGCAGUGAAAAAUGCAUAGAUCCGUAUCUCAUUUCAAGCUCCAUUUUAUAAACUGAAUACAUUCUAGUGACAUUGAGUUAAGGGAGUUGUAAUAGCAAACAUUUUAUUUUCCUAUAUUAUUGCAAAAGGAAGCUUUAAAAUGUGAAUUGGUCAUUUAAAUUUUGUAUUUAAUCAUAUGUUGAAUAUAUAUAAAGCAAAAUUUUCAAAUACUAACAACUUCAUAAUUUAAAAAUUCUAUGAGUGCAGUAGGUAUUAAGAGCAUGGCAGGUUACAGGCACAGGGACACCCCUUUAACAUCAGCACUUGGGACGCAGAGGCCAGAGGGACAGCCAGGGCUACAAAGAGAUCCUGUCUCAAAAAAGAACUUGGCGGGUGAGGUGGAAGGAGUGCUGUAAUGGGAUGGCUCGGUGAGUGAGGGCGCAUGCUGUCAAUCAGUGCUGGCCACCUCAGCUCGAUCCCCACGACUCCUGUGAUAGCUGUGGAAAAUUGUCCUCUGACUUCUACACAUGCACAUGCACCAUGGCAUAUGCAUGCCCCCACCCUUCAUAGGUAAAUCGAUAACUCUGUUAUUAAAAACCAACUAUGGGUCUACUAGGAAGAAAAUCUAUGCUAAAAGUUUGAAUAUUUAGAGGCUGAAGAAAUAGCUCAGUAGUUAAGAGUAUUGGCUGUUUUUUCCAGAAGACCUAGAUUCAAUUUUCCAGCACCCACAUGGUGGCUAACCACCAUCUAUGACUCCAGUUCCAAAGGAUCCGAUGCCGUCUUCUGGCCUCCACAGGCAUCAGGCAUGAUACACAGACAUACAUGCAGGCAAACACCUCCACACAUAAAAUUCAUCAACAAAAUCAUGUUUGAAAAUUUAAAUGAAAUAGAGAAUUUCUAGGGCCUGGUCUAUUAAAAUUUCCAAGGGGGUAGGGAAAGACUGAAUAAUUUAUAAUCAGCAUUUUUCUCUCACAAGAAAAUAAGCCCAGACAAAUUUACAGAAAGAGUACCAAAUCUUCAAAGAAAAGUUAAUUCUAACCUUAAAGUUUUCGUAAUAUCCCAGGAUCGUUUGACUCAUCAACAUGCAUCUGACAGUGCUGUAAACAGCUUGUCUUACUGUGCACCAGCUCUGAUCUCUAUAGACAGGCAACUGAAGCAGGCACUGCUACUACACAGGGGGAGAGCGGGGCUCAGGGAGGUCACUGACUUAGUCAAGAUCACCAAGGAGUAAAUAGUAGCAUUUCCUGCUGCUCAGGAUUUUAUACCUGAUUGGUCAGUAUGCAUCAUGCUACCAUAGACUUCAGAAAGCGUCAUAGAAUAGCACUGUUUGGUAGAUUCUCACAUUUUAAGCCAGCUACUAGGAUAGGAAUUAACAAACAUUGAUUAUAUCUUUUGAUAUAAGAGCAAUGAGCAGAAUGAAAUCACUGGGUCUGGGUGAUUUAAUGAUCUCAUGUGAUUUGAAGUACAUAAAGAGCCAGAAAGUCCUCACAGUGUGUGUCUGUUUAUCAUACCUAUUGCUUUCGGGACAGGGCAAUAUAUUCUGAAAUAGUGAUUAUGUCAUAGGAAAGACAGUGAAGAAAGGAUGAUCCUUCACUUGUGUGUUAGACUUCACCUACUCCAAGAUAUUGAUAACCUCUGGAGUACUAACGUCACUAAACACAGGGCUCAUUAUAACCAAGGAGCUUUGCUAUCCAUUUGACUUUAAGGAAUAUUUGAUGAAGAAGGUAAAUUCACCUCCACAACUAUUUAUCAAUCACCUGUUCUGUGUAACCAGCAUUCAGGCAUCGUGGGAGUGUGGGGAGAGGGAGAGCACAGAAGGAGAAGGUGAUUUUUUUUCCCUGCCUGCUUAAAAAAUACUUGGAUUCUAGAUGCUAUAUGAUAAAUUCAUGGGAGUAUAGACUUAGAAACAAAUGUUCUAUGAAGGCAACUAGUCUCUACUCAUUUUGGCUGGGUGGUCGGGAAAGAGUUUCUGUGAGGGCGAGGAUAAAUGGGAUUGGUGCAGACAUAAAGUUCACAGAGCAGAAAAGAGGGUAGCAGCCAUAGAGAGAGGGACAGGACAUUCAAAUAAACCAGUGUGAAAAGGUACAGCCAAGCAGCAGGUGAGCGGACACUGAGCUCCAGUGGGAAUAUAAAGCACAUCUGUUCUCAAGCAUCCUGUAUGCCUAGAAAGGCAAUGUUAGACAAGAGAAAAACAAGCAGAGGGUGUAAGAAAUAGAACCAAGGAUGCUACAGAGACUGUUAGGCAGGGGCAAGGACGUAAGGAUUUUUGUGAAACUGGGAAGAAGUCUGCUUUACAUUAGAUACAGGAAAGCCCUGCAACUUCCUCAGUAUAGAGAGUAGGUGAUGAAACAAUGCCAUGAUAGGAAAACUGGCAAACAUUCUCAAUGCUAAAAUGCUGGGCUUGUGAGCGGUGUACAGUAAGACGUGAAUAGAUUAGGUUAGCCAUAUGGACGUGAACAAAAGAUAAUCCAUUUGAGAGUUAGAAAUGCGUGUAUCUCCUUGAAAAUACGUAUUGGGUGGAGGAGGUGUUUGGUUUAUGACUGGGAGAUAGAUGGAGGUAGCAAAACCCUUGGAGCUGGGAAGGGAGAAGGGGGUCUCUGGAGAGGGGUGUCACUUGGACCGCAUCCUGGGCUGGUGCUUGCAGCCUUUAAAAUGGAUACUCAGGUUUCCAGCCUUGAACAGAAAGUUUAACAUGGUAACUUUUUCCAGCUCUCAUGAAAUUAUAUGUACUUACCACUGACAAAAUGGAGAAGCAAGUGAAGACAAACUGAUUUAGCAGGGAGGAUACCCUGCAAGCCUCCAGUGUUGUCUGCUUGCUGAGACCUGCUAUUUUGUACAGUUACUUUUAAUUGACAAACUACAAAGUUUAGUUUCUGGUUGCAAGUCAUAUUCUAGUUGUCCUUUCUAUAUAUUAAAGUUCCUGGGGUUUGUGAGAACUUAAAGUCAGUAAGUUAGAGGACUCCUAUAUAUUUAAAUACCUUGCUCUAUUUCUCUUCAGUCUCCCCUCCUUCCCUGCCUCCAUUUUGUCAGAUAUAUUUAAUCCUAACCAGUUUUAGCUCUCCUUCCUGCAAUUUCUACCAGAGUACAGUUUAAAGGCUAUUAACUUGUUGCUUGAAGACCAGACCCUACAAGUUGAAACUCCAGGUUCCCUGGCCCUCUCCCUAAGGAAGCUGUUUUUAGAUGGUUACCUCUCCUGUUCCUUCUCCUUGGCUGCUGAGAUACGCAGUACCUCCUCUCAUUCCUUUGUUUGCUCGGCGGUAAUUUUCACACACAUGUGUACACAGACAUGGUCUAGGUCCUUACAUUCAGAAUCCAUGUGUCUCUUUUCUCCCAGAGAUACAUUAAUCUCACCCCUUCACUGUGUUACAGUUCCAUCAUAGAUACAUUAAAAUGGACAUUGUUCAACCAGUUAAGAAAGUGGAGGGCAGCAGGCAUAAGCAUAGUGGCUACACACACACACACACACACACACACACACACACACACACACACACACACACACACACACACACACACACACACACACACACUCACUCACACACACACACACACAGCUGUGCUGCAGCUCCUCCUGACUGCAUUACUGGGUAUACACCUGGGCCAAACAUUCACACCCUGGAAACCGAAUCCCACUCCUUCAGACAGACACUUUUCAGCUUUCACACAACUCCUGUGUAUCCCUUUGGAAUGUGACCCAUUCUUAGUGUACCAUUGGUCCAAAUCCAUUCAACAACCAUAUUUGAGUUCAGCUAAAACGUUAGUGCACUUCUGGGUGUGUGGGGACAUGGGAGUCAUAAAGGAGGAAACACAUACCACUUUCUUUAAAAGCAUAAAGCCUAAUAGACGUACUUCACAUUUAAGAAAUGUAUGAAUAACUCCAUUGUUUUAUAAAAAAAUUAUUUUCAAACCUUCAAAACUGAUUUGGAUACAUAAAUAGUGUGUUUUGGUCCACACAGAACCUGGGCUCUACCUGGAUGUCCUAGUGCCUUCUUUUUAGUGUAUCACAAAUGAAACUCAUCCUUGCUUCACCUCUUGCCAUCGCCCACAGGAGCAUUUCUCGACUUGUGGCUUCUCAGCCGCAAUGCCUUCUGCCAGCUGUCCAGGCCUGAGAGUUUUGUCCAGGUUAAAGCUGUGCCCCACUGCGCGUGCUCUCCCUCCCUCCCACCCCCCCACCCCCCCCCCCCACUUGCUUAUGAGGUUGAUGCAGGCUUACCACCUUGUUCUCAUUGACUUCCUCUGGCUUUACUUCAAAUCCUCCCCACACGGAGCUCAGGCUUCUCUCUCUGCACAUGGACUGUGCCUUUCAGACACUGCUGAGGUUUAGAUGAAUGCAUUUUUAUAGUUUACAUAUUUCUGUUUAAUUUUUGUUCUCUUUUCAUGAUACUUUUCCCAUGAGCUUUAGCUCUGCAGAUUUAACAGUCACCAAUCAGCUGUUGUUGACUUAGGUGCUAUCUCUAAUUAUAGUUCAUAUUCAGAGCGAUUGAUUUGUGAAGUGAGUGUUGCUGUUUGUGUAGGAGAGUCCCAGGGUAGAAACACACAGGAAUCUCACCAGCAAGGAUGUGCUUACUCUCUCCACUAACGUCAGUUGCUGUCUGUCCAGACCAUCAGAGCACUGUUGUGUACGUCCAUUACUGUAGUUAGUAAAAUGCAAAUACAGCACACACCAAAUGACACUCUAGACAGAUGAAAAGCUCAAUGAUGUCCGUGCAAGAGAAUGGCUUCUGUCAUCUGCAGAGUUGUUGACAGACAAAGCAACAGUUGGAAACAAAGACAGCCAAGUACUUGGAGAAGAAUGAUCUGAGCAAUACAUAGCUAAAGGGCUUGAGAAAAGCCUUGAAACCUCCAAAGAACGUGCCCACGUGAUGCCUUCAAAGAGCAAAGCCCAUGUGAUGACCACUCAGUUCUGUGGUCAGAAGAGCAAUGCCAGAGAGCACAAAGGUCUCAGCAUGAGGCAGGCCCUCAGAAGGGCUCAUCUGGUAAAGGGGCUCCCAACACAGGCCUGGGGACCUGAGUGUGAGCUCUGGAGCUCACAUAACGGUGGAAGGAGACAACCAACUCUACAGAGUUGUUCUCAGACCUCCCCAUGUCCACAAAUGUGCAUGGCACAGACAUGCAUCAUAUAUACGUUGUAAUAAAUACUUUAUUUCAUAAAAAGAUUGAA